UAGGUUAUUAAUGUCAUUGAAUGGGACUUAACAAUAGAAAAGGAGGCAGGACCAGAGAAAUCUUGUGAGGCAAUUCCCUUUUGGUUAUCCACAACUUUCCUGAUGACUUUAUUUCUUUUGUAGGCUUUCUUACUCAAGAAUGGAAGAAGAUGCAGAUUAUAGAAUCAGGUUUAGUAGUCUAUGUUUCAUUAAUGAUCAUGUUGGAUUUCAAGGUACUAUAAAGAACUCACCAAGUGACUUUAUUGUCAUUGAGAUUGAUGGACAGGGGCAGUUAGCUAAUAAGGCUAUUGAUGAACCUUUUCCGGAAGUUAGUAAAAUACCACCUGAGCCAGAUAAUAUCGCCAAGAAGCCUAAACUUGAUUUUCAAAAUGGAACCUUUGAUGAUGGAAAUAAUCAAGAAGUUAUUGGUUUGGCUAGGUGCUCCCAAGGUGAUCACAAACUUCAGUCUGAUUCAGAAAAAGAAGACAGUACCACUGGUGGGAUUUCCAAUUGGGAAGAAGGAAAAACUGAUUUAUUAAGUUGUUUUUUGGAUGAGAAAACUAAUGAACAAUUGAGUCAAUUUGCCCUAGAGAUAAAAGAACAGUGGAAUUUGAAAGGGGAGUCAGUGGAAGCAACUCCUGAAUUGUCAUUGGGCAAAUUCCUUGAGAAAAACCACAGGGCUGCCGUGCACAGUGCUGUCAGGCAGAAAUUUCCUUUCUUAAUCACUGUCGGUAAAAACAGUGAGAUUGUUGUAAAACCUAAUCUUGAGUGUAAAGAACUCUGUCAUUUGGUGUCUGAAGAGGAAGCAUUUGACUUUUUUAAGUACUUGGAUGCAAAGAAAGAAAAUUCGAAAUUCACGUUUAAACCUGAUACAAACAAAGAUCACAGAAAAGCUGUGCAUCAUUUUGUCAACAAGAAAUUUGGGAAUCUGGUAGAAACCAAGUCGUUUCCUGAAGGAAAUUUCAAGAGUGGGAAUAAUGGAAAUGUGAUAACUGUAAGAUUUCGGGAGAAGAUGCACACACCUGGAAAAAGACCUCUUCAAGGCCAAGAAAGGAAAGUUGUAUAUACAGCUUUUACUCUACGAAAGGAAAACCUGGAAAUGUUUGAAGCACUUGGUUUUUUAGCCAUGAAACUUGGAGUGAUUCCUUCGGAUUUUAGCUAUGCAGGCCUUAAAGAUAAGAAAGCUGUCACCUAUCAGUCAGUGGUGGUUAAAAAAGUGAAUCCAGAAAGGUUGAAAAGUGUGGAGAAAGAAAUGGAAAAGAAAAGGAUGAAUGUGUUUAAUAUUCGAUCUGUAGGCAAUGCCCUUAGACUUGGUCAGCUCAAGGGAAAUCACUUUGAUAUUGUCAUCAGAGAUUUAAAAAAUCAAAUCAAUGAUUCUGCAAAUUUGAGAGAGAGAAUUUUGGAGGCAAUAGAAAAUGUUAAGAGUAAAGGCUUUGUGAAUUACUAUGGACCACAGAGAUUUGGAAAGGGAAGGAAAGUUCACACAGAUCAAAUUGGAUUAGCUUUGCUGAAGAGUGAAAUGAUGAAAGCAAUAAAAUUAUUUCUUACACCAGAAGACUUGGAUGAUCCUGUAAACAAGGCAAAGAAAUAUUUUCUUCAAACUGAGGACGCAAAGGGUACACUGUCAUUGAUGCCCGAGUUCAAAGUUCGAGAAAGGGCACUGCUGGAGUCCCUACAUCGUUUUGGCAUGACAGAGGAGGGAUGUACUCAGGCCUGGUUCUCUUUUCCCCACUCCAUGCGCAUAUUUUAUGUCCAUGCCUAUAGCAGCAAGAUUUGGAAUGAGGCAGCAUCUUACAGACUUGCCACCUACGGAUGCAAGGUAGUGGAGGGUGAUCUGGUGUGUUUGGAGGAAGACGUUGAUGACCAUUUCUCCAGUAGUAAAGUAGUUCUGCCAGUUCUUGGAUACAACAUUUUAUACCCAAAGAAUAAAGUAGGGCAGUGGUACCAGGAAAUACUUAGCCGAGAUGGGCUACAGACAUGUCGUUUUAAAGUACCGACUCUCAAACUGAACAUACCAGGAUGCUACCGACAGAUUCUCAAAUGGCCUCACAAGCUAACACACCAGCUUUCUGGAGAUCAUGACACUGCUGAGGAACUGGAAGGGUCUCACAUCCAUGCAGCAAACUUCUCCCUUGUCAUCUCCUUUGAUCUUGAUGCUUCAUGUUAUGCUACAGUGUGCCUGAGGGAGAUAAUGAAGCAUGAUGUUUAAAGUGGA